UCAGAGAAAAACGAUGAAUAAGUUAUUGCAAUGAACGAGUGGAAAAAAAGUAUCUGCGGACGAAUCCAAAGUCCCAUUAAAGAGUGGUAAGUAAUCGUGUAUGCUGGUCGGCACUCACUAUCGCGGUGCGGUAUGAUUAUUGCUUUUGUUGCUUCUCUAUUUCUCUCCGCCUCCCUCCCUCUCUGUCUUCAGCAUGCAUCUCUCCCGACUCAACAUAUCUCCCGACUCCUCAACCCUUCCGCCCGAUUCGGGUGGCGCGCCCCCGGCGCGUCCGCACCUUGUCGAGGAGAGCGGUUGGCCAGCCCGACCCGCCUCAUAUCCCAUCCGCUUUCCGCCUCAUAUCCCAGCCGCCUCCCACCUCGUAUCCCAUACGCACCCAGCCUAAAUCCCACGCACCCAACCUAAAUCCCAUACGCCUCCCUCUCCCACCCCCGCCACUCAAACACGGGCAGCGGGUGCGCCUCCGUGUUGAACACCCACUGAUCGAGCGGCAGGAGGUCCUCGUCGGUGAAGAGGAGGAAGAGGUACUUGAAGGUCUCGGCGAAGAGCCAGCUGGGAGGGAGGUUAGUGUGGGAUCACCCUUCGGGAGCAUUGGGUCCUUUGGCAGCGUUAGGUCCUUUGGCAGCGUUAGGUCCU